AUGCAUGAGCUCGCGGGUUUGCCGGGCGCGUCGGCGGCGCUGCAGCGGUGGCAGAAGCGGCUGGUGGAGGCGGGCGAUACGCUGCAGAGCCUGGUUGAGAGCUGCAAGAGCCUCUGGCCAUCCGACGCCAAGCUGCACCUGGCCAUCGGCCGGGUCUCGGAGGCCUGGCCGGAGCUCCCGGCGGCCAUGGCGCUGCGUGGGCUGUCGGGGGAAGAGCCCCGAGGUCCGCUGGCGCAGGUGCCGCGGCUGCUGCUGCUCUGUAGCCCGGCGCUGGCGCUGCUGGGAACUUCCGGGGCCUUCCAGGCGCUUUGGACGCAGGGCGGCUGUGGCCAAGAGUUCAAGGAGGCCGAGCUGCAGCUCUCGGCCAUCGCCUGGGCGGGGAUUUACACCUCCCUGGAGAAGCCGGAGGCCUCGGACCUGCGGGUGGUGAUGCUGGAGCCGGUGCUGGAGCGGCUGCAGCAGCCCGAAGAGCUGCGGCUCAUGGCCGUCACAGGGCGCAGCCUGCGGCUGGAGGAUGGGGAGGUGCUCUCCUGGACGGUGAGCGACCCCGGAGACUGGGAGACCAAGGCGGAGGCCCUGGCGAGGAGGCUGUGGCACGGGGUCUCGGUGAAGCGAGCGUUUGGUGGGCUGAAGAAGACCUUGGCGCAACUCAAGGACAAGUUUCUGGACGCCGCCGGGCAGAAGGACGCGGACGGUCUGUUGGCGGUGCUCGGCGAGCUGGAGCCGCACUUCGCGGAGUGGGAGGUCACGGAGCUGAAGAGCUCCGAGAAGAUGAUGCAGCUGGCCUCUCAGAUCGACCCCCGCCUGCUGAUGCACUCGGAGGAGAUGAUGACCAGCAUGCUGAAUGCCUUCGAGCUGCUGCAAUGGCUUCGCAAGAUGCCAGACGAUGCGGACUACUUGGUGCGGGUGGAGAUCGCGCUGGGCCGCUCCGAGAUGGAGGUGCCGGAUGAGCUGUGGCUCUCGGCGGAAGGCCGUGUGGAUGAGAGCAAGCUCUCGGCCCUCACGGCAGUGCGGACGACGCUGCACGACCUGAUCUUCCGGUCCAGCCUCCGGCUGCCGUCGCUGGACGCCCUGCUGCAGUGCCUCGCCUCCCUGGAGAACUCCUCGGAAAUCCCCGGCCUGAUCCACGCCUUGAACUUUGCCCACUCGAUGCACGGGCCCCUCUCUGAGCUGCUGGUGGGCAAGGAUGCGGCGCUGGCGCGGAUGCUGCAGAUGCUGAAGCCCUCGAGCCACGCGCGGUGGGUCAUGAGUCACAGGUCUGCUUCCUCUGCCAAAGACGAGGAGCAGGAGGCCGCCAUCCCUGCGGAGGCGCGACUGCUGCAUCUGGCGCUCAACAGUCCAGGCUCCGAGAGCUCAGCGCAGCGCCUGGUGGAGAUUUUGGACUUCCAGGCCUCGGUGACGCUGGCGGCCAGCACCUCGGACUCCGCCUACGGCCAGGUGGCCGCCUUCAACGAGCAGAUCGGCCUGGUGCGCCUCGCCGCCGCCGUCCUGGACGACCUCCGCGAAGCGGGGCAUCCCGACUUCCAGGAGAUCCACGUGGAGUGGCCGCUCUCCAUGGCCCUGGCGGAGAUGAAGCAGCGCCUUCACGCGCUCCGGGAGCGCCAGGGCAACUGGCGCAAGAAGCUCACGGAGCUGCAGCAGCGCUGCCCUGUGCUGGGCUUCUUCGCGGCGCGGCAGCUGGGCGCUUUGCUGCGGACCUUGAAAGAGAAGAACUUGGCGGGGGCCAAGCAGGUCCUCGCGGCAGUGGCCCAGGGCUGGCGCUGGCCGCAGGACGACUGGGCGCCGCGCCUGGCGCGCGAGUGCCCGCUGCGCCAGGAUGAGGAUGAGCUGCGGCGAGAUUCGGAGGACCUUCAGAGCCUGGCAGACGCAUUGCAGGCCAGCUGGCCGGCGCCGGUGUUGCCGGCGGUUUCUGCGGGAGUGGAGCUUGGGCCAGGCGCUCAUGUGGUCGUGGCCCCAGACACCUUCAUGGCCACGGCGACUGCGUUGUGGCCCUACCUGAUGCUCCGGCGCCCGCCCGGGCCGGAGGAGCUCCUCCUUUGCCACAGCCGCACGCCCAGCGAGCAGCUGCGGCUGCUGCUGCUGAGGUGGGCGCACGCCUCGGGCGGCUUCUUCUGCCUGCUGCUGCCCUGCACCGCGUCCUUCGCGGCGCAGCAGGCGGUGGUGCAAGCGGUGCACGAUGCCACUGAUCAGGCUGGGCCCCUGCCCACGCCUCGCUGCCCGCUGCUGUUGGUGGUCUCUGGUUCCCAGGCGGCACAGGCGCAGGUGGCCACUCAGCUCAUGGCGCAGCGGGCGGAGUUGCGGCCGCCCCUGGAGGCCUUCCCUAAGGAGGUGGCGUCACUCAUGCGAGCCGAGACCUCUGUGCACGUCGGGCCGCACUGCGGCUGUGGGAAGACUUUCUCUGUGCGGAUGGCCGCGGAGGAGGCCGGAGCCAAGUACUGCCCCCUGAAGCUCACGCGCGCCAUGAGUGCCGGGGAGUUGGCCCAAGAGUUGCGCGCGGAACUGGCGGAAGGGACGCCUGAAGGCGCCCUGCUGCACCUGGACCUCAGCGCCGGGCCGCUGCUCGACUCCGAGGCCUUCGCCGUGGCGCUCUUCGAGCUGCUGAUCCUGGGCCGCGUGGGCCGGCGGGCCCCGAAAAGCCCCGAAGGGCUCUUCACUUUGGAUGCCAAGCUGAAGGUUGCCAUCGAGCUGCCCGCGGGAGUGCAGGACCUGGAGGCGGCCACCUGGCGCUGCGCGCCGCUGCUGAGCUGGCUGCCCCUGGUGCGGUGCACUUCCCAGGCGGCCGCCUUCCAAGGGGCCGAAGCCAAGCUGCGGGCGGGCAUGGGCCUGGCCUUCGCCGCUGCCAGGCAUGACGGGGUCAAGGACUCCUCCAGCGCCAACGCGUACCAGCGCCUGCAGUACGUCUGCGGCGCUCUGGGUGUGCUGAAGCGCCUACAUGGCGCCUUCCCGCUGCACUACGAGGGGAUCUCUGAGGAACUUUCGGGGGAGACCUGCUACGAGCUGCUGGUGGAGGCGGCCAAGCUCCAGCUGCGACCGUCGCUGUGGAACUUGUGGGCCUUUGUAGACGUGCUCUACUGGCAGCUGAAGGAGGUGCACCACCCGGAGUCGGUGGCGAAUCAGGCGUGCUUGCCUGAGGGGGGCGCAGUGGAGAAGAAGUUGGAGGAGAUCCAACCCCAGGACUGCCCCAUCUUCAAAGGUGAGCUCAUUGCGUUUAUCCUCCGCACGGCCCGGGACUUCGCGACCCGCCAGACCCGGAACAACGAGGUGGAUCCUGAGACGGUGGUGGCUGCGGAUUUGGUGAGCUUCCACCAGGACCGCUUUUGCGGGCGAUGGCGCCUGCAGCCCUUCUCCAGUGACGGGUACCCUGUCUUUGCGCGCUACGACAAGUCGGAGAAAGGCUCCGGGCAGUUCUUCUUGUACUACCGCGCCGCGCAAAAGAUGUGGACCAUUGACGCGGAGCUCGACAAAGUCGCCCCAGCCUUUGCGUACACCAGGAAGAAGAGCUAUGCCCAGGGAUGGUGGCGCAUGGCCUCCUGGGUGCAGAACAAGCACAUGCAGGUGCGGAUGGCGGAGAGUGCGCUGGGCUACCAUGGCGAAGCUGUGGAAGUCAAUGGUGUGGACCAGCAGCUCACGGGCUCAGACGAGGAGUACCUGGUGGCCCUCAACGGAGUCUACCUGCGCCAGCCCAAGGAAGAGGAUGUGAACCACCGGCCCCACUACGUCCUGGAAAAGCCGCGGCGCCAUCUGUUCUGGGACCAAGAAAUGGACUGCUGGUGCUUCGCGCACAUCUGUCACUCCGACGAGGGCGUCUAUGCCAAGUCCUGCCAGAAGACCAUUCCAGGGAGUUACCUCACCAUGGGCAAGGAUGAGCAGGUGGUGCCGGCGCGUGUCACCUUCGUCACCGCCAAGGAGGAGGCCCAAGGGGCGGCCGCCGCCGCGGCCCGCGCUGAGCCGGAGGAUGGGGACUUCCCACUGCUGCGCUGGGAGGACAGCAGCCACGAUUGCAUGCUCUUCUCCAACAAGAAGCAUCAGGUCUGCUUCUUAUCCUCCCAGCCCAGCAGGCUACGCAUCUCCAUGCACCCGGGCCUGCUCCAGCUGCUGGAGAAGAACAACGUGUCAGUGGGUGAGUCCAUGGACGCCGUCACGGCGGAUCACACCAAGGUCUUAGGCUGUCUGACCGGCGUGGACCGCACCGCGGCGGAAGCCUCUCAGCUGCUGGAUGGGAAGUACUGCCUUACAGGUGAUGCUGUGCUCAAGAUGCUGGCCAUCUUUGUGCGUAUGCGAUGCGGUCUGCCGGUGAUUCUCAUGGGCGAGUGCGGGUGCGGGAAGACGGAGCUGGUGCGCUACCUCUGUGCCUGGCUCAAGGUCCCGCUGGUGACGCUCAACGUCCACGGGGGCACCACCGAGGCGGACAUGGACCAGGUCUUUCAGGAAGCCAGGGCCGUGGCGGAGACGGAGGAGGGCAGCGGUGGGCUGGUGGUGUUUCUGGACGAGGUGAAUACCUCGCAGCACGUGAACAUGCUCUGCGAGGCGGUCCUGGAACGAUCCUACCGCGGGCGCCCCUUGCCGGAGCAUGUGACAGUGCUGGCGGCGCUGAACCCUAGGAGGAAGAGGCCACAGACAGUGAUGACCACCGGCCUGGUCUACGGAGGCAGCGGCAGCGCUGAGGAGGAGAUGUCCAACUUGGUGUACCGAGUGCAUGCCGUCCCCGAGACGGUGAACGACUUCCUCUUCGACUUCGGAGCUUUGACAAAGAAAGCCGAGGAGAUGUAUGUGCGCUCCAUGGUGCACAACUGCUGGCCGGAGUCCUUCGACCGGGAGCAGUCGCUCAUCACCAGCAUCCUCUGCCUCUCGCAGGACUUCAUCCGAUGGCAGGAAGGAGAUCCCUCUGCAGUGUCCCUGCGCGAUGUGAAGCGGUGCCUUCGUGUGGCCAAGUGGAUGCAGGAGCGCUUCGCCCCGAAGAAGGGCAAUCAUCAGCCGCACGCGCCCUCGGUGGUUGUGGCGAUCGCCUUGGUGUACCACUACCGAAUUCCCUCCCGCGAGAGUCGCCACAAGCUCUGGGUGGACUUAGCGCGGCGCGGCCCUUGGCCCUCUGACAGUGGAGUGAUGAAGGGCCGGGGCUGGGCGCAGCUGGCCAAGAGCAAGGAGGAGAACGGCCUCACCGCUAUGGAGAAUCUGCUGCUGAGAGUGCAGGGGAAUGUGGCGAAGGAGUUCGAGGUUGAGAAGGACGUGGUCAUGAACGAAGCGCUGGCGGAGAAUGUCUUUGUGGGUCUGCUUUGCAUCAUGAAUCGGAUCCCGCUUUUCAUCGUUGGCAAGCCAGGUACAUCGAAGACCCUGUGCAUGCAAGUGCUGCUCAGCAACCUCCAGGGCAAGCAGUCCAAGUCGAAGGUCCUGCAGACGCUGCCGGCCCUGCGCAUCAUGCAGUACCAGUGCUCGCCUCUCUCGACAGCAGAUGGGAUUCAGCGUCAGUUCGACGCGGCCUCCCGCUUCGCCUCCAACGCCUUGGACGCGCAGGUGGUGCUUCUGCUGGAUGAAGUGGGCCUGGCGGAGUUUUCUCCGGACAUGCCUCUCAAAGUGCUGCACGGCAUGCUGGCCGACCCGGGCAUCGUGGCAGUAGUAGGGCUCUCGAAUUGGCGCCUGGACCCCGCCAAGAUGAACCGCUCCGUGUGCCUGGCGCGCCCGGACCCCGACAGCGCGGAGGUGGGCCGCACAGGUGCUGGGCUGCUGGCUGGCGCGAGCCUGGGAGACUCGCCGGGCUGGCUGACGACCCUCUCUGGAGCCUUCUGGGAUGUCUUCGCAGACCAAGGCGCGCGGGACUGGCUGGGCAUGCGGGACUACUACAGCUUCGUGCGCCACGUGCGCGACGGCUGCCUGGAGGCCAAGGUGGAGCAGCCCAGCGCCGAGAUUCUGGCCUUCGCCAUCCGCCGGAACUUUGGAGGGCAGCCUGCGCUCUUGGAGCGCAUGCUGCAGGCGAUGCUGCCCACAGGACGGCGCAAAGACAAGCUGGCUUGGCCCAUGCCCGAGCUCCUUUCCACCAGCUUGGCGGACAGGAAGGCGAGGCAUCUGCUGCUGGCCAGUCAGGGCUCUUCGUUGCCCUGGCUGCAGGCGGCGGCGGUGAUGCCGUCGGCGGAGAUUCUGCUGGGCAGCGACUUCCCGGAGGAUGCCUCUGAGGCCUACGCCAUCCGUCAGCUCAUGCGUGUGCGGGACGCCAUGGCUAAGGGGCGCUCGCUGGUGCUAUGCGGCAUGGACGUGAUCUACGAAGCCCUGUACGAUGUGCUGAACCAGCGCUACGUGCGGCGGCGGACAGAGGAGGGCCAGAUGGAGCUGAUGCUGCGCCUGGCCAUCGGCGCGCGGAGUCAGCUCUGCCCCGUGGCGGAGACCUUUAAGCUCCUGGUGCUGGUGGACCAGGAGCAGGCCUUCAAGCAGCUGGACGUGCCGUUUCUGAACCGCUUCGAGAAGCAGCUCCUGGUGCCGCAAGAGCUGCUCAGCCCCCAGAGGUGCCCGCUGUUGCAGGAGCUUCAGUCCUGGGCGGCGCAGUGCAGCGCCGAGGCGGGCUGCGAGCUCCUAGCGGGCGGGGUGUCGUUGCAGAGCUUGGCGUCGCUGCUGCUGGCGCGGCCUGAGGCACAGCUCGAGGAGCUGCAGCGCUGCGUCUUUGAGAUGGCGUUGCCGUUGCCCGUGUUCCGCUCUAACUUGCUGCAGAAGCUGCAGCAUCACGAGGAGGAGUACUUCAAGGUCCGCGGCAGCCUGGCCAGCGCCAUGCAGCACGUGGUGUCGAAGGCAUCCAGCGACAGGGUGCUGUGUGAGCUGGCGACGAGCUCCCCCAUGGCGCACAUGCCGCCCUUGCAGCAGCUGGCAUCCGUGGGAGGCACCGAGAUCAUCCCCGUGUCGCAGCUCUCGGGGUCGCAGCAGUUGGAGGAUAUCUUGGACAAGUUUUUCAGCUUCGAGUCCUCUUCUCAGAGGAACUUGGUGCUCCAGCUGGACGCGCUCAGCGGGGCUUCCAGGCUAGCGCUGACCAAGCACUGCUGCACAGAAGCGCGCAACAGGGCGCGCACGAGCAACGCCCACAUCUUUUUGAUCCAGCACCGUGCCGGCUGGGUCUCGGAGAAGGAGGGUUACACUUGGCAGCCGCAGAUGGGCUGGGAGUCGAUCUUCGUGGACGACUUGCAAGGCUCCGGAGGGGCGCCGGAGGGCCAGCUCAUGGGCCAAUCCUUGAAGGAGUUUCUACAGCUCUCGGUGCACGAGCUACAGCAGAAGCAGCGCAUACCUUCGCUGGCACAGACGCUGCUGGCGCGGGGCACCACGUGCCUGGCGCGCUGCGUGCCGCCGUCCCUGGGCCUGGCCCAGGUGGCGGAGCGCGUGCGCGCGGUGCGCCAGGCGCUGCAGGACUUGCCCGGCUUCGUGGAGGCGGUGGAGUCUUUGGCUAUGCUGGUGCUGAUGCAGUGGAGACCAGAGCAGAACGGCCUCCAUUUGCACCUGAAGCUGGCGAUGCAGGAGAUGCGCUUCGGAAGCCUGCGGAAGUCGGUGUGGCUGUCCAUUGAGCGGCUGCAGCUGUCAGCGCUCACGCACGCGCUGCGCUGGCUGGACACGGACUUCAACCUCCGCCACGUCUUGCACCCCAGCAGCGCCUGCUGCCGCCUCUGGCUGCAGCUGGCGCCCCGGAACCCCGCGGACCCCGCGGCGGCGGCGAACGCGGCGCCGCAGGUGAUUGCUGCAGCGCUGAAGCCGGGGGCUGCGUUGCAAGGCCCGGCGCCGGUGGCGAACCACGGGCGCGGCGGCCCGCUGCGCUGCCGCUGCCCCUUCUCCGCGCGGCUCCUCUCCGGGUGUGCUGGGGUCACCAGCGGCUUGGAAGACCGCGACCCCGGGCGUCUGAGGAGCCUUUGCGCCAGGAUGAUCGGCGACGGCGCCUUGGAGGCUUUUCAAGCGCUGGAGGCGGCCGACCCAGGUGCUCUGCUGCACGACGCCGUGGCGAUGUGGGCGCCUUUGUUCCCUCAUCUGGACUUCGAGGUGGUUCUGAAGGUCUACACUUUGGCCGUGAACCAGGAGAUGGAGCUACCCGUGAAGUCACCGCUGGAGCUGGUGGUGGGCUUUCAGGCCUGCAGUGGACUGGCGCAGGCCAUUUGCUCGCUGCUGUCCCUGGUCGAGGCAGCCUUCGGGGACGGCGAGCAGAAUGCCGCCUCGCUUCGUCUGGUGGAGGGCCUCACCUCCGCCGGCGGAGGCCUCGCGGCGGCGGUGGCGGAGGCGCUGGGGGCGCUGGACGCGGACGACGACUUCGUGGAGCGCGCCCGGCCCCAUGUGCAGAUGCUACUCUUCACCGCCGCGGCAAAGUCCGAUGCGUUGCAGAUGGCGCCCAGCUGGUGGCGCCUCCGUGUGAAGCUGCACUUCCGUGCGGCCCUGCGGUGCCGGCAGCUACCACAGGAGGACGUGGUGCCGGAGCUACAGCCCGGAGACCUGCUCACGCAGGACUUCUGGCGCGGUGCCCUCGCGAAGCUGCGGACCUUUGCCUCAUCGGAGCGCUCGGAGGAAGCACAAGUGGAAGAGGUCUGUGCAGAGGCGCUGUGCCGUGGGCUCACGGUGCUGGAGGACUUGUUGCCGCUGAAAGGCCAGUGUGCGGAUCUGGCGCAGGCAGUAUGGUCGCUGGUGAUGCAACCCGAUAGCCCCGCUUCCGCUUUCGGGCUGACCAGGAGGUUGCCCGGUCCGCUGGCGAAGGGUUUGCUGCGGUGGCUCCACAUGGAGCCCGUGAAGAAGGUGCUUCCACGGAAGCCCAUGGAGCCCAAAACCGUGCAGCUGCUGCUUGGCUUCCUGGAGGACGUGACGGAGCCGGAGCCAUGCAGCGAGGAAGACCUGCGCUUGGUGCAGACCACCAAGUGCACUCCGCAGCUCUUGGCUGCGGCGGCGCGCCUGCGAAGGGCGCUGUGCGAGUACGCGCGCAGCCUGGCGGGCGCCGCAGAGCCCCCGCCGCUGCCGAAGGUUCUGUCGGACCUGCUGCGGCUACGCUCGCCGGCGCUCUUCGCGGCCAAGGUGUUGCGGCGCCUGGGGGGAGAUCAGGAGCUGUGCCGGCUGGCCGGCCUGCGGCUUCGCUUGAAAGGAGGCCUGGACUGGUUCCCCCUGGACGGCGCGCGGCUGCCGCGCCUCAGCGACGACCUGCCGGACCCCUUCGUACCUUGCGCGUUUCAAUGCAUCGAGCACAAGGAGAAGAAGAAGAUGUUCCAAUGGUUCCUCAACGUGUGCAGCGCGGCCGGUGUCUUGGCCAGCUCGGCCAAGCCCGAUGCGGCAUCCUUCGAUAAGGCGGUGAAACAGGCCUCGGCUGGGCUUUUCCCGCGGGCGGGGGCGGUGGUGGCGUGCGUGGCCUCAAGAGUGCUGAUGAACCGCCAGGUGGCGUCCCAGGAGGGCCUCUCCGAGUUGGGCACCUGGUUGGAGCAGCGCCUGGAGGCCGCGAACGCUGUGCGGAAGAGGGCCAAAGUGCUCCUCAUGCAGCGCAUGUGCUCGAGCCUUUUGCCGCACCUUGAGGAGCUCGGCGAGGAAGGUGAGGACGCCCCACCCAGGAGAUUUCUGGAGCAGCUGGCGCUGCUACUCUGCGUGCUGGCCAUAGACUCCAACGGCACCAGCGCCAGCUGGUUGGAGCUGGCGCUGAUGGCGCCCAACGACGCGCAGCGAACCUUUUGGCCCACCAUGCCAGACAGCGAGGAGGCGGCGGUUUUGGGCGCCAUGGGCUUUGUGGGCUGGUACACUUGCCGGAACGGGCACCCCUACUCCGUGGGCGAGUGCACGCGGCCAAUGCAGCAGGGUGUCUGCCCGGUCGCCGGGUGCGGCGCUCGCAUUGGCGGGGAGCAUCACGUGAAUGUGCAAGGCGUGAAGACUGUGAAGCAGGAGUCCCUCAUCAAAAAGGCGACGCCGGGCUACAUCGCCGCCACCAGCGAUUUGAUAGACCAAACCAUCCUGAACCAGUUCAACCGUCAGCUGAACAUGCGCGGCCUGCAGUCUCUGCGCCUGCUGGUUCAUGUGACUUUGUGGGCGAGCCUCAGCAGCGAGGGCGCCUCGAGGGUGGCGGAGGCGGCGCAGCCGGGGUGCCGCGGAGAUGUGAGGAGCGCGGCGGCUCAUUUGCAUUCCCAGAUCGUCGAGGAGUGGAAAGAUCUGCGGCGCCGCACCCGGCUCCCAGGGCGGGAGCUUGGGGCUUGGCUCCACCUCUCGGUGCUGCGCUGCACCAAAUUCGCCGCAAGCAGAUUGUCCACCGAAGAAGAGCGCUUGAAGUUUGAGGCGGACUUUCAGAUCGCUGGCGAGCAAGCCGUGCUCACCGCCCUCACUGGCGAGGACCGGAAACAGAUGGAUGUGGGCACCGACUACACAGCCGCAGCUGCCGCGGGCUUCGGGGAUGACUGGAAGGAGCUUUGCGAUCGAUGGGAGCCUUCGGUCUACGACACAAUGGAGACCGCGCUCCCGGCGGCCCUUUGGCAUGGCCGAGCCUGUGUCACGCUGGAGGAGUUCGAGGAGAGCUUUUUGUCCAGGCUGGAGAAUCGAAGGGCGCACCCUGUGCUCGCGGUGGUCUUGAAGCAGAGGAGGCGCCUCGGGGCGCUGCCGGCGCUGCCUGCGCUUCUGGCCUGGCACGCGGUACUCUUCGAGGCCUUCGAGGAUUAUGCCUUGACGAGAGAGGAUGCUCGACAACUCACGCACCGCGAGGCCAUCGAGAGGCUGCCAGAGCACCGUCGGCCGGAGGCCACGAAACGGCUGCAGAGCUUCUGCGAACACUUUAAUCGGGCCUUCCCCUUGGUGGAGCGCCUCUUCGAGUGCGAGGCCAACCCCUUCCUGGUGAAGGGGGAAGUGAACCUCCCAGGGGCCAUGACGCCAGAUACGCCCGUGAUCUUUUCGCUGCCUUAUGUGGCGCAAGCUGGGGAGACGGAGGCGCCCUCCCUGUGCACCGUGCAGCUGGCGAAUGUGCUGCAGACGGCGCAGAACGACUUGGUGGAGGCCUUGGACCCGGGAGACCGGACAGUGCCACUCUCCUCGAGCACAGCGCCCAAGGCCUGCAGCGCCUUGUUGGCGUCUCUGGACCUGCAGGCAGACCUGCUGCCGCUGCUGCAUCAGUACCGGGAUGACUUGAGCAAUGGCUUGGACUACGACUUGGCCGGCCUCGAGGAGGCCUUGGCUCGGCGCCUGCGGGGAGCCGUGCGCAUCCAGGUGCAGCUGCGGCACUUCCGCUUCGGCGGGGAGCUGAAGGACUCCGGGCGCUUGGCGAUCCUGCGGCAGAAGCUGCCGCAGGAGCCGCUGCCCUUUGGCAUGGCGGAGGAGCUGCAGCGGGAGCUGCAGCGCAGCGAGUCUUUGGAGGCGGCGCGGCAGCUGCGGGCGCUGCUGGAGGACUGCAUCCACCUUUGUCUCUCCUUGGGCUCUUUUGGAUCGGCCGGGAAAGCUGCGGUCCAGGCGCAGACGCCCUUGGCGGAGCUGCUGGGCGCCUCCGGGCAGGCGGAGGCGCUCCCGGCGGCGCUGCGCUCGGCGAAGCUCUGCCACCUGCAGGACCUGUAUAUGGAGCUGGUGCGGUCCAACGAUGCGGGGGAUGCCCUGGCUGGCGUAGCCUUGGCAUACCAGGAGCCCUUGGAAGACGAGCUGCUGGCUGAGCUCCAGAAGUCGGCAGAGGAGCUGGCAGAGUGGCUGCCGGUGCUGCACGAUCUGCUGGCAGAGCAGUUGGUGGUAGACAGAUUCCCGCCAGGCAGCUCCCUGAAAGAGUUCCUCGGCUUUGCAGCAGGCGAGGAUCCCCCCGAGUGCUUCCCCGAGCAGCUGGAGCUGCGGCAUGCGCUGGCGGUGCACCGGGCCCUCGAGAGGGCACAGUCCUGA